ACUACGUGUUAUUUUUAAGGUAAGAUUGUAUUUUUAUUUAAAAGCGUGUAGUUAAGACACUUAUAGUCCCUAAGGUAGAUCGCGUACAGUAAUAGGGAUUUUAAUUUGGAUUUAAUUACGCCUGUCCAAUAACUAAACUAGAAAACUUGCUGAAUUCUAUUAUGGGACACCUGUCCAAUCACUAGAUAACUAUACUUACCACAUAUUUCUACAAUUUUCAACGUGUUUAUGUAUAAUUAACUGGAGAUAGCAGUAAAAUUAAUUUAGUAAUCGAUUUGACAGUUAUUGGACAGCUGUCCAAUAACUAAAUUUGACCGUCCAAUCACUAAAUUGAUUUUUUAGGAUUGUAGUAAAAUGCCUAAACUUAGAAAAUACGAUAAGAAUAAACUUAUAGAAGCUGUUAAGGAUGUCCAAAAUGGCACUGAAUCGUAUAGAACAGCUGAAAAAAAAUAUGGAAUUCCGAAGUCCACUAUAGAAUUUAAAUUAAAACAUCCGGAACAUAAAGAUACACUUGGACCGUCUCCUAUUUUAACUUGCGAGGAGGAGAAUACUCUGGUUAGGGAUUUUUGAAGCGACAUCCAGAGGUUUCUAAAAGGACAAGUGAAGGUGUAACGGCAGCUAGCGCUUGUGUAUCUGAACGAGACAUCAAAAACUGGUUUAAAAAU